CCUCAUUUUACCCCUCUCUGACACCCCCGAGAUAAUUUCGCUGGACACACUUUUCUCCACUGCACCGCAGCAUACGAUACCCCAGUGCUUGUUGAAAACGGAAAACUACCCGUGCUAUCUGAAUGCCUUCUGAGAAGUAGCCUACCGAACAGACACGCUCGCUAGUUUUCCCUCAUCCUCAAGCGAAGGUGCAUAAGUAGAGAAGUGCCGUACGGACAGUAGCCUACCUCCCAUGAAUCAAGUACUGCGUCCAGAAGACAUGCCUCGGAGCCCCACGUCCAGUGAGGAAGAGAUGGCCCAGAGUCUGUCGGAGGGUUCUGGAGGGUCCGAGUCAGACAGCUCCAAGGACGAGGCCCGUGUGGAGAGACCCAGCAGGAGAGCAGAUAGGCUUGGCAGGACCCCCCAGGACACCCUGGCCAUCUGUGUGGUCAUCCCUGACCUGCAGCAGUCUACAUGUCUGAGGUUUGAUCCAGACACCACGGUGUGGGUUGCUAAGCAGCAGAUCCUGUGCUGUCUGACCCAGCCGCUGAGAGACGUGCUGAAUUAUGGUCUGUUCCAGCCGGCCGUGGAGGGACGCCAGAGUGGCUUCUUGGAUGAGGAGAGGCUGCUGAGGAGCUACCCCUCCCCCACCUGCAAGGGGGUCCCCACCCUGGAGUUCCGCUACAAGAGCAGAGUCUACCAGCAACCCAACGUCAACGAGAAACAGAUCGCCAAGAUUCAUACACAGGCCAAUCUAAAGAAGUUUAUGGACCACAUCCAGCACCUGCAGCUGGAUAAGGUGGAGAAGAUGCUGGAAAGAGGACUGGACCCCAACUAUCAUGACCCAGAUACUGGUGAGACACCACUGACCUUUGCGUCCCACCUGGACAGUGUAGUGCCCAUAAUCAUGGCACUGAAAAAUGGAGGAGCACACCUGGACUUCAGGGCCCAGGACGGCAUGACGGCCUUCCACAAGGCUGUCCGGGCCAAGAACCAGGCCACUCUCAAGGCUCUGCUGGACCUGGGCUCCUCGCCCAACUAUAAGGACAGCCAGAGCCUGACGUCUCUAUACCACACGGUGCUGGUAGGGGGAGACCCAGCCUGCUGUGAGCUGCUGCUCCGAGCCCACGCCACGCUGAGCUGCCAUGAUGAGAACGGCUGGCAUGAGAUACACCAGGCCUGUAGGUAUGGACACAUGAAGCACUUGGAACAUCUGCUGUCCUACGGAGCAGACAUGAGUAUUCAAAACGCUUCUGGAAACACAGCCCUGCACAUCUGUGCACUCUACAGACAAGAACACUGUGCCAGGAUCCUGCUUGUUGGAGGGGCCAGUAAGAAGGAUCAGAACCACAGAGGCCAGACACCAUUUCAGGUGGCCAUUGUUGCAGGGAACUUUGAACUGGCAGAGUUCAUCAAGAACUACAAAGGGAUUGAUACUGUGCCUUUCCGGGAGCCGCCGUCCCAGCAGCCCCCUCGCCAGCAGCCCCCCCGCAGCUCCCUUGCGGCCCCCCGCGUGCUGCUACGCUCCAACAGUGACAACAACCUCAACGUCCACUCCUUCAAGCUGCCUCCUGACUGCUCUCCGCUACCCUCCCCCUCUGCCUCCCCCCUGCGCAGCCUCUCCCCUCGCAGACCCCCCCAGAUGCAGAGCAGCCCCAACGGCACCGUCAAGACUGUUGGCGGGGUCAGGGGCGGGCGUCCUCCGCCCAGGAGCCGCUCCCCCUCCCUGGGGCGUCUGGGGGAAGAGGGGAGGAGGCACCCCCCUCAGCGCCAGCCCAGUCCUCACAGGGGUCGUGAGGCCCUAGCAGGCCAGGAUCCUCCGACCCAGAAGAGGAAGUUGUACAGUGCUGUUCCAGGAAGACACUAUGUGGUGGUGCGGCCCUACCAGCCCCAGGCAGAGGGGGAGAUCAACCUCUACAAAAAUGACCGGGUCAAAGUUUUGUCGAUCGGAGAGGGGUGUUUCUGGGAGGGCAGUGCCAGAGGAAAUGUGGGCUGGUUUCCUGCUGAGUGUGUGGAGGAGAUCCCUACCCAGGCCCAAGAGGAGAGGCCAUAUGCCAGAGCUGAUCGGGCUGAGAGGAGAAAGCUGUUUAGACACUACACUGUAGGAUCGUACGACAGCUUCGAUGCAUCAAGCGACUGUGUUAUUGACGAGAAGACGGUAGUUCUGCAGAAGAAGGAUAAUGAAGGAUUCGGGUUUGUGCUACGAGGGGCUAAAGCGGACACCCCCAUCGAGGAGUUCACCCCAACCCCUGCCUUCCCCGCCCUGCAGUAUCUGGAAUCUGUGGAUGAGGGCGGAGUCGCGUGGCAGGCGGGGCUUAGGACAGGAGACUUCCUGAUAGAGGUAAGGAGAACUUUUCCUAUUGGACAGGGUAACCUAAGUAUAAUGAGGCGUGUUCCCAUUGGACAGCACCAGGGGACUCCCCGAGUUUAUGGGAAUGCGUGUUUGCUGAUCUGGAAUCUACCCUGAACUGCUGCCAGGCUUGGUCAGAGGCCUAUCACAUGCAGGUGGGGGUCUUGGUACAGGACAUGGUAGUGGGUACAGGCGCUAGCAUCCUAACCACCCUAGCUAUGGGUUUCUGGGAGGAGAAGACUGGCUGAUUUACGGGUGGAGAUAGAGAGACAGAGAAAAUGAGAGAAGGAGAAAGAGAGUGUGUGUGAAAAACACUGAGAGAGAGAAGGAGAGAGAAAGUUCGAGUUGGUUCUUUCUCACAGUUGUCUCUUCAUUUUCACAUCAGCAAAACAAACACAUUUGUUUGCAACAUUUAAAACUCACUUGGCUUCUGUCUGUGUUAAUGUUUCAUGUGUGCAUCCUACUUUCCCCAGUGUCAGAAAUGGGUGGAUGUAAUUUUGCAUGAGGCAGGGAGAAGAAGGGGGAGGGAAGCCAUGUCGCUCAUGUGGCAUGACAACACAGAGUAUGGCAGAGUGCAGUGGAGUCCAGUAUUCAUUAGAGCAUGAUAAUUGUGUUUUGGACAUCAGCUGAGUUUUGAGCCGCGGUGCCAUGAUGUAAGACUGUCUUUUAGGAGACAAGUGAACAUCUUCUACCUCAUUUGUCAUCCUAGCUAAACGAAAAUGGCUCUGAACUAGUUCCCUGUACUGAGCCCAAUAUGCUUUAGAAUACAACAUUUAAAAUAUGUUUACUGUUCUGACUCUGUUGAAUUAGUGUGUACAACAUCAUCUGUUCUGUCUAUAAGGAAAUAUAUUGCGGCAUGUUUAUGAAGAAAUCUCCAGUCUGCUGCAAUGAAAGCUUUAGAAAACCAAUCACUGGCCUGUUUUAGCAGUCUGAGGGGCUUUAUAUGCUGUAUAUCUGGAAAACGACAUGGUGGUUAUUGUUGUUGUCUUUGCUGUUGUUUGUGUCACCAUCCUCCCUUCUUUACCUGUAACUCUGCAGAACAGACCCGAGGAUGACCUGGUCUGCUGGGAGGUGUACUGCCGUGUAUGUGUAUGAUCUAGCUGUGUAAGCUCUAGAUGUGUUUGUAUGAUCUAGCUGUGUAUGAUCUAUAGCUGUGUG